ACAAACCCAUAGUAAUAUAAUCUUAAAAAAUAAUGACAUUUUAGUUUAACUAUUGGAUAACGUACUCUUGUUCUUGUACGUGUUUUCUAAUCGCACGGAUCACCACAAAAGCAUGGUUUGACUUGAAGAUUGAAUAUUGUGUUUUCCAUCUCUAUUUCCACGAAGGCGUCCAGUUUUUAAAGGAAAUAUAUCAUAAAUUCAUAAUAUCAUCCUUUCUUAAUUAAUUAAGGUCAAACCUUUGGUUGGAUAUUGUUACGUUGAUCAAUAAUCAUGUUUCCCAAUGGUGACAUCGAAGCAUCCACCUCCACUGCUGGAUUGUCACAAACAUGUUGUCGGUUCGAGUUUGACGAAAUCCUGUUAGCAACAGAAAAUUUUAAUGAAUCAUUAGUAGUUGGGAAAGGUGGUUUUGGGAAAGUAUACAAAGGCAAUAUUAGGAUAGGAACAACCCAAGUUGAUGUUGCAAUCAAAAGACUGGAUUAUUUGAUAUCAAAACAAGGGGCGACGGAGUUCUGGGCGGAAGUUGAAACGCUUUCCAAGUUGCGUCACGCUUAUUUGGUGUCUUUAGUUGGUUAUUGUAACUAUGAAAAAGAAAUGAUCCUUGUGUAUGAAUACAUGCCCUACGGAACACUUGAAGAUCGUCUACAUAAACUCGAUACCCCCCUUUCUUGGAUUGAGCGACUCAAGAUUUGCAUAGGUGCGGCCCGUGGCUUAGACUACCUUCACACUGGUACAGGUACUAAGGUUGGUGUUAUACAUAGGGAUGUCAAGAGCUCUAAUAUUUUGUUGGAUGAAAGUUGGACGGCAAAAAUUUCGGAUUUUGGGUUGGCUAAAAAAGGUCCAAUAAAUAAACCAUCAACUUAUGUCAACACAUUUGUUAAAGGCACUUUUGGGUAUCUUGAUCCAAACUAUUUUGCCACUGGAAAGUUGACAAGGAAGUCUGAUGUGUAUGCUUUUGGAGUUGUAUUGUUUGAAGUGUUGUGUCAAAAGCAACCAUUGGAUGAGAGUUUUGAAUGUGGCUUAGCAACAUGGAUACAAGACUCAAUCAAAGAAGGGAACUUGAAGCAAAUAGUUUAUUCGGGUAUACGAAGUGAGAUAUCUCCAAAGUGUUUAAAAGGAUUUGCUCGGAUAGCUCAAAGAUGCUUGAAUUAUCAUCCAAAUCAACGUCCUACCAUGACUGAGGUCGUCUUUAGUCUUGAAUCUCUACUGGCUCAAUCUGUAUCGUUCUCGCAGCAAAAAACCAAUAAUUGGUUGCAAGCUCCAGGCAAGAUACUUGGUAGAAUAUUUGAUGCGUUUCCCUCUAAUUCCCCUGGUGAAAACUUAGCUAGUAUGAGAGAGCCAAGGACCGGUGGAGCUGCAAAAAAUGAGGUUCCUCAAAAACAAUUGACGUUGUUAUCAUUGGACGAGCUAAAUAAGAUCACGGAGUAUUUUGGUAUAAAGUCUUUCAUUGAUGAAGGUUCUCUAUCUUGUCGUGUUUUCCGUGGAAAACUAAGCAAUGGGGAAGAGGUGAUCAUAAAGAAGUUCAAUACCGGCUCUUUAACAGAUUCCGAGUCCGGGUCUGAUUUUAAAAAAAGAUUGUCCAUGAUUUCAAGACUUAAGAACGAGUAUUUAUCUCAACUGUUCGGUUAUUGCUUGGUGAAAGAGAAUCUAAUCUUGGUGUAUCAAUGUUCAACCAUGGGUUGUUUGCAUGAUAUAUUACAUGGGAGACGAGGUGGUGAAGGUGAUGAACCUGGUCUGGUUCUGAAUUGGGCCCAGAGAGUAAAAGUUGCUUAUGGUGCAGCAAGAGGUCUUGAGUAUCUACAUGAAAAGGUUCAGCCUUCAAUUGUUCAUGGUGAUGUAAGGUCAAGCAAUGUCCUUGUGUUUGAUGAUUUUGAAUCCAAAAUAGUCUAUUUCAGCUUGAGCAACUUCUCUUCUGACAACGCAGCUCCGUGGUAUAAUGAGGUGCAUCCAACAAAGUUUGCCCGGUUGGAAAGUUACCAUCCCCCUGAGUACGCUAUGACAGGACAGUUGACUCAACAGAGUGAUGUCUACAGCUUUGGGGUUGUUCUUUUAGAACUCUUAACAGGAAGGAGACUAUUUGAUAUAACAAUGCCUAUAGGACAACACAGUCUUAUUAAAUGGGCUACUCCAAGAUUGAGCGAGGACCAAGUAAAGGAGUGUGUCGAUCCCAGAUUAAACGAUGAUUUCCAUCCAAAGGCAGUUGCGCAGAUGGCAAGAAUAGCAGCACUGUGUGUCCAAGAUGAUGCAGAUUGUCGGCCACAUAUGAACAGCGUGGUCAAUUGGAUGCGGCCACUUCUCAACUCUAAACCAGCAGCCUCCGAAUCCUAGCUCUAUUCAGCGUUUGACCAGAAAGCACAAACAGUUUUCGCUGACCAGCAUUGUUUGAUUUCUUCCCUGACUUCAAUCAAGACUUGCAUUGCAAAAACCAAAAUGCCAGUUACUUGGUGCGAUAAUGAUCCCAGCAGUGGAACUGGUUAAAACAGACGGUUUUGGAGCUCAGAGAUCCCAUGAGUCGAAAGCAAUAAGUUUUAUAUAUAUGGCUUCACAUCCAUUGCACUCUUGAACAUCUAAGACCAUCUUUAACGCUCGAAGUGUUCUCGGUGUAUUCAGUGCAAAACGCCGAGAUUCCGGUGUGGCGGGUUAAAGCCGCCAGCGUAUUGGUCGGCGUUUCCCCCCGAAGUGGUGGCCACCGCACUGGAUGUUUAGGCGUAUUGAAUUCUUUAUUGUUUUGAAUUUGUUAUUUUUUCCUCUCAAAUGGGAAUUAAAUAAAGAAAUAGAAUUAAAGAAAUAGAAGCUUUUUUAUCGUCUUCGAAA